AUGGCAGUCAACGCCAUUGGUGCCCUCUGCACCUGGCUGUGUGUCGGCUGCGCGCAGGAGGUGUGGUAUCUCUACACAGGCCGCUUCGUCAACGGUUUCUUCGCCGGCAUGCUAUCCCUUGUGGUGCCAGCACAGAUCGCGGAGCUAGCCGACGCAAGGAAUCGAGGCGUACAGGGUGCGCGCCACUUCAUCGGCAUGCUCAUCGGCUCGAUAUACGUGAGCUUACUGGGACGCUACGUCAUCUGGUCGAACUUGGCAUUCGCGUGCCUCUUACCUGCGGCGGUACUGUUGCCUCUGUCCUGGUUUCUUGCGGAAUCACCACGCUGGCUUCUGCAGAUUGGCCAACGUGACAGCGCCAUGGCAAUGCAGCGAACCCUGCGCAAGGAUCCAAUCGAGGCGAACGCGGAGUUCAAGCUGAUGGAGAGGGCAUUCUCGAGAACUCCCACGCCAUCGCUGCACUACUGGCUGGCGACGCACAUCAUGUUCUCGCAGCAGUUUUGCGGAGCCAACAUGGCGGCAACGUGCGCAAGCGUUGUCAUAGCUACCGCGGGCGUCUACGCUGACAAAGAAGACGCCGAUCUGGCCAUAUUUAUCACUCAGGUGGCCGUUGCCAUCGCUGCCCUUCCUCUGGUGGACACCGUGGGUCGUCUGCGGCUGCUGGUGGUCUCUGCGAGUGUAUGCGUCGCAAGCAUGUUACUGUUGGGUAGCGUGUAUCCGAAUAUGCCACUCGACGCUGCCAACGAGACUAUUGCCAGCACUAUGUCCACCGCAGGGAACGCCACCGAAAUCGAUGUGGGCGCAUCCGGCGUUACAGGUAGCCGGCUCGGACUUUGCUUGCUGGCCCUCUUUUUCUUCGGAUACGCACUUGGUAUUGGACCCAUCACCUGGAUACAGGCUGUAGAGCUAACGCCCCUUCGCGGCCACGGCGUCGAGUUCGGCAGUGUGUGCACGUUUCACUGGGCGUGCGCGUUCUGCAGCGUCACCUUCUUCGAGCGCGUGCGCUUAAGCUUCAGCUUCGGUGAACUCGCCUGGUUCUACGGCACCCUAACCCUCGCCAACGGACUGGUGCUCUACUAUUUCAUGCCAGAGACCAAGCACCUCCCCCUGGAGAGUAUCCUGCUGGACGAGUGUCCCAUCGAGGCUUCCAGAUUUGAGUUGGGUUGGCAUGCCCUGGUACAGCAGCCACAGGAGGAACCACAGCAGAAGCUCUUUGUCCCAAGCAGCGCAAUUAUUUGA